UCAAAUGUCUAAACCAACCAGAAAUCAACCACCAAUGCCUGUAAACGUUGUGAAUCGGUCAACCAAUAGGAUCCAAUCAGGUAACGCAUCGAAUCCUCCAAUCAGAACGUUCUGGGAUUCUUCCAAUCAGAUGACGCCUUUGUUUGCGGCUCGCGCCUGUAACUCCACUCGCAAGUAAUUCCUGAAAAAAAGAGUUGAGGAAAGUGAAGCGGCGCACGGAUACGAGGCGGGGUGUGUGAGUGAGAGAGAGAGAGAGAGAGAAGCCCGGCUGUGCCGUGAGCAGCAAUGGGUGAGAUCGAAGGCACGUACCGGGCGCUGCAGACUCCGGGCACGCGCCUGGGCUCUCAGUUCAACGCCGGCAUCAGCACCCUGGAACCCGGGCAGAGCCUGAACACAUCUGUAGGCAAAAGCAAGUGCCUGCAGAUCCGUGUUCAGGGCCUGGACGAUGCUCAGGAGUUCUACGAGCUUGAGGCUAAAGCAGAUGGCCAGACCCUUCUUAAUGACGUGUAUCGCAGGAUCAAUCUCAUCGAGAGUGAUUACUUUGGUCUGGAGUUCCAGAAUGUGCAGAUGAACUGGGUUUGGCUGGAGCCCACCAAGCUCAUAGUGAAACAAGUGCGACGACCAAUGAACACACACUUUCGGUUGUCAGUGAAGUUCUUCCCACCUGAUCCUGGCCAGCUUCAGGAGGAAUUUACCAAGUACUUGUUCUCCCUGCAGAUGAAGCGAGAUCUGAUCGAAGGCCUACUGAACUGCACAGAAAACACAGCAGCUCUGUUGGCCUCUCACCUUGUCCAGUCUGAGAUCGGAGACUAUGACGAUGUUGCAGACAGGGAGUAUCUGAAGCUCACUAAGCUGCUGCCGCACCAGGAGCACUUUCAGGAGAAGAUCAUGGAGCUCCAUCGCAGACACGUGGGUCAGACGCCUGCUGAGUCCGAUUUCCAAGUGCUGGAGAUUGCCCGAAAGUUGGAGAUGUACGGUGUGCGUUUCCACCCUGCAGCUGACCGCGAAGGCACCAAGAUCAACCUGUCAGUGGCCCACAUGGGCUUGCUGGUCUUCCAGGGCAACACCAAGAUCAACACAUUCAACUGGUCCAAGAUUCGCAAACUGAGCUUCAAAAGGAAGAGAUUUCUUAUCAAGCUGCACCCCGAGGUCCAUGGUCCUCAUCAGGACACACUGGAGUUCCUGAUGGCUAGUCGUGAUCAGUGCAAGAUCUUCUGGAAGAGCUGUGUGGAGCACCAUGCUUUCUUCCGUCUGUUUGAUCAACCACAACCCAAAGCCAAAGCCAUGCUUUUUAGCAGGGGAUCUUCCUUCAGAUACAGCGGGCGAACACAGAAGCAGCUGGUUCAGUAUGUUCGGGACAGCGGUGUGAAAAGAACGCCCUACCAAAGGAGGAACAGCAGUAAGAUCCGUAUGUCAACUCGUUCCUUAGCCACUGAUUUUCCUAAGCAGAGCCUGUCCUUCAACGACAGCCUUAAGAUUUGCAGUUCUCCCCCAUCUGCCACUGUUUCCUUCCACUCUCUGCACUCUUCCGUCUCUCCCGUACGAAUGGAUAACAAUAGCAAACCUCAAAUCCAGCAGAUCCAGCACAUAUCAUCUCUUCAGCAGCCUGUGAGACCACCUACCCCUGUGAAGGAGGAGCCUGCAAAGAUCCACUCUCCAUCUAACUCGGCCUUCCCAGGUCCCGUAAUGGAUAGCCCCCAGCUGUCUCCCUUUGGGUCUAAAUGUCCCCUGAGUGUGUCCACGUCCUUCCAGAUGUCUACGCUCAGCCUGCCCAGCCAGGCACCCUCGAGUCCUGUUCUCAACGAGGGUGGCAGUGCCAGGCUAGAGGAGGAGGAGGAGCUCAGGAGGAAGAGAUAUCCGACUGAUAAAGCCUACUUUAUUGCCAAAGAGAUUCUGAUGACUGAGAGGACGUACCUGAAGGACCUGGAGGUUAUCACAGUGUGGUUCCGCAGUGCAGUGAUUAAAGAGAAUGCCAUGCCUGAAGGCCUGAUGACCCUCCUUUUCUCCAACAUUGACCCCAUCUAUGAGUUCCAUCGAGGCUUUCUCAAAGAAAUCGACCAGAGGCUGGCUCUUUGGGAGGGGCGCUCCAACGCUCAUGUGAAGGGAGAUUACCAGAGGAUCGGUGAUGUUAUGUUGAGGAACAUGUGUGCGCUGAAGGAGUUCACCAGCUACCUACAGAAGCACGACGAGGUACUGACUGAGCUGGAGAAGGCGACGAAGCGUGUAAAGAAGCUGGAGACGGUGUAUAAGGAGUUUGAACUGCAGAAGGUGUGUUACCUGCCCCUCAACACCUUCCUGCUCAAGCCCAUCCAGAGGCUUAUGCACUACAAGCUGAUCCUAGAACGCCUGUGCAAACACUACUCCCCCGAGCACAGGGAUCACCACGACUGCAAAGAGGCCCUAAAAGAGGUGGCAGAAAUAACAGCUCAGCUACAGACCAGCCUCAUCCGACUGGAGAACUUCCAGAAACUGACGGAACUACAGCGAGACCUGAUUGGCAUCGAGAACCUCACCGCUCCAGGCAGGGAGUUCAUCAGGGAAGGCUGCCUUUAUAAGCUUACAAAGAAAGGCCUGCAGCAAAGGAUGUUUUUCCUGUUUUCAGACAUGCUCCUUUACACGAGCAAAGGCGUCACAGCCACCAACCAAUUUAAAGUUCAUGGCCAGCUUCCCCUCCACGGCAUGCUUGUGGAAGAGAGUGAGAACGAGUGGUCAGUCCCUCACUGUUUCACCAUCUACUCAGCCCAGAGGACCAUCGUGGUGGCUGCCAGCUCUAAAGUAGAGAUGACUAAGUGGAUCGAGGACCUGAACAUGGCGAUCGACAUUGCGAAGAAGUCACAGGAGAAAUCGGAAAUAUUUCUCGACCCAAGCCUGUGUGAUCGCUCCAACAGGUCGUCCGAUGAGGUGUCGUUGGAGCAGGAGUCUGAGGACGAUGUGAACUCGUCCCGCUGCUCUCUGGACAAACAGAGCCACCAUCGCGCCAACACCACCAUGCAUGUGUGCUGGCACCGCAACACCAGUGUCUCCAUGUCUGACCACAGCCUAGCAGUGGAGAACCAGCUGUCUGGCUACCUGCUGAGGAAGUUUAAGAACAGUAACGGCUGGCAGAAAUUGUGGGUGGUCUUCACCAACUUCUGUUUGUUCUUCUAUAAGACACACCAGGAUGACUUUCCUCUGGCUAGCUUGCCUCUGCUGGGUUACACGGUCAGCACACCUGGGGAAUCGGACAGCAUUCACAAAGAAUACGUCUUCAAACUGCAGUUCAAGUCCCAUGUUUAUUUCUUCAGGGCCGAAAGCGAGUAUACCUUCGAAAGGUGGAUGGAGGUGAUAAAGAGUGCAGCGAGUGCUGCCAGCAGGGUGACUCUGCUCAUCCCUACAGGCCCAGAGGAGUUGAAUGGGAACUGAAGAUUGAACCUGAGGCUGGUUGUCCUCCUGGAGCUCGGGGCUGGGCCCCGCAGACCGCCAUGAGUCUACGCUAUUAUUUUAUUUAAUCCCUCUCUGUUUCGUGGCUCCUAAUGCCAUUAUCUUCAUUACUGACUCUGAAGUCUCUCGAACAUUUCUGCUGAAAGGAAAUGGAAGAAGUAGGGGGCUGUCUAAGAACUCGACUUUUUGGUUUUGUUUUUUUUCUUUCAUCUUUGACAUGUGGUCUACGACCCCUUCGUUUUAAAGUCAUGCCAAGUUCUGCAGUUUUCCAGAAGAGUAAUAUAACUGUAAAUGGCGAUUAUGUUCUAUUUUGGUUCCUGUGGUUCCCGCUACAAUUUCAGCGGUCACAUUUCUAAAAUCGGCAGUUCUUCAUCGCAAAACUGGGAGCUCAUCCAGAGCUGCCAAACGGAAUUGUCUCAAACCCAUUAGGACUUCCCGAAUGGGUUUCAAUGUCGUUAAAAGCUCGUUUUGUGUAAUCUCGAUCUCAAGCCCUCAUAUUUACAGGAGCAGGGUAACGGAACGCUGCCGGACGGGGUAAUGGACUGAAUCAGGUCUGGAUGGUAGAGUAAGUGAAAAGAGUGAAGAAAGAAGGACGCAGAACCACAGUGGCGUGGGCCAGAGGAUACGGCAGCACUCGGGAGAUGAAGUGGUUUGGGAGAGCGGCCGUCGUCCUCUGUAAGCAGUCGUAAAAGGUCUAAGUGAUGGUAUCGAGUUAAGGGCAAUGAAAUUGAGAUGAGCGACGGGAUAAUUGGUAAUCUGGUGCGGACACACACGUGAGUGAAGUCUGUAGUGCGCUUGUGCUCCUGUUCAGUUCCACAGUCAUCACAGUAAGACUUUAGUGACGUUGUAGUUUUGUUAUACGUUAUUGUUACGCUUUUGUUAUACUUUAUUAAAUGCCUGGGUAAACAUAUCUAUGGAACAGCUUUGAGUCAUUUUAAAUGUAAGAACUAUUGAGAUAUAUUGAAAAGGCUUGUUCAGAGAGUAUUUAACAGUUUUAUUACUGACAGCACAUUUAAUGGCCACUUCUCAUCUCUAAAGUUUAUUAUUAUCUCAUGUUUCCUGGAGAACCACAAGGGGGAGUCAGCAACUAGAGUAUGCAUACAGUCUUAAUCCUGGUGCUCACUGAUGCAAACGCUGACUACUCUUCCUGCCUCUGGGUAGUUAACUCUGGCUUUUAUUAAACAUCUGGCUCUGCCGAUUUCUCCACUUCUCCUGCAUAUUCGUUGUGAAUAAGGGAACAUGGGCCAUGUGGGGCGAAACUGGUCUCCUUACAGUUACGAUUCAUGUGCUUAAACCAAAAGAAAAAGAAAAUUGGUCCGUUUGAUGAAGUUUUUUCUUUUUUUUUUUUCCUCUUUUACAGAUCAUAGAGAAAUGUUGACGCACAGGUUAUGCUGUUAUCUGUAUUAUUAUUAUUAUUAUUAUUAUUAUUAUUAUUAUUAUUAAUCCUUUGUUCUGAUAUAAGGGCCAGUUCUUUUAUGUAAAUAUCUGGGUUGUCAUGUGGAACCGAAGUUUGUUUUAAAAGGAAUAUUUCUGUGAAAAUUUUUGAUUUACGCAAUGUUUUCCAUACCCCAAAUGCAAUUGAUUAACCGAGACAGGUUUGGUGAUUGAACUUUGCUUCUGCGUCAAAGCCACACGGAUAAGUGCUCGCACACUGACCUCGACGAACAAAAGGUUUCAUUAAAUAGAAGAAUAAGUCAAUCACUUUAAACACAUCACUUCUAAUGUACAAUUCUGACAUCAGACUUUGGGUUCUAACUCCCUCCCGAGUCUGACUGUGUAGAGUGACUUCAAACUGUGCUGAGGAACAACGUGAUUCUGGCUUCAGUGUGGCUGCUACUACUGGGGGGGUUUGUUUGUUUGUUUGUUUGUCUGUCUGUUUAUUUGUUUGUUUUGGGGUUUUUUUGCUAUGUUGUUUUAUUCAUAUACAUUACAGUGUGCCAUAUGGCCAGAAACCACUUAAAAUAUCCGCUAUAAGCGACCUACUUUGAAGCUUCAGUGCAAAAUUAAAUCAGACAUCAGACACCAAACACAUCUUGGCUGAUCAACUGUACUGGUGUAAGGGGAAAAUUGUAUAGGUUUCAUUUUCGCCUAAAGUGUCCCUUUUUAAGAUUUUGAAAUGUUAUGUUUACUCAUAAGGGCUGAGAUUAACUGUAAAUUAACUCGAUUUUAUUUGGGAGAUUUGACCUUAUGAUAACGAACGGAUCAUAGUCUUCACUAGGCUGUGACAUUGGGACACGAAUGCUGUACUGGGUCCAACCAAAGACCUGAAACGUCUCGUACAAGACUGAAAACCUUGGCUGAGGUUUUUUUUCAGCCAAGCAUUAAUCGGUACUGGUGACACUAUGGAUAAUCUCUUUUUUUAUAUAUAUAUAAAUAUAAGAAGAUAUUAUGCACAUCUCAUGAGUCCUGGAUUAUUAGUGGUUUUCCCAACCUUCUGUUUGGUUUUCAUUACUUUUGUACACUUCUUACAAAGCCUGGAAUUUGCAAUAUUUCACUCUCGUCUUUCCUUCCAUAACGUAAAGACAUCCGUAUGACCGUCAUGUUUCGGGUUAUGACGAGCUUUACCAAAGCUCCAGGUUGCUCCCGUCAUGCAGAGGAACUCUGACCACCGUUUACUCCUGUUUCUGUUGCACGUCGCUCCUAUUUAUUGUGUAGCAUGUCGCUGUAGUCUGUCCCAUGUCAUUACAUUUAAAAGAUGACUAAUAAAAACAAAACUGGUAUUAACUGGG